AGACGCGCAUACGCAUUCAGUCGAUCUCAAACCGUGCUUGUGGGUGGAUGUGCCUACUACCUACCUUCCGAAAGGUGUGCAAUAUUUCGCGUUAUUCACGAGCGUUCCAUUCAGAGGAACGAUUUUGCAAUUAGCAGAAACAAAAUAAAACCAUUCGAUGUACUGCACUAUUAAUAGUCGUUGGUAAUUAUUGCUAUGCAAAUUAAGUUACCACACAUUUAUCAGUGCAGUCGCUAUUUAGAAGUGAAAAUAAUAAAAAGGUACUAUACGGCUGUUUAGUUAAUUUAGUGACUUCAGUGAGCGGAUUGCUGUAUAGAAAGCGAACUUGUCCUGAGUGAGGACGCAUGACAGUAUCUACUUGAAUUGCAAAGGAUCUUACGCCAACACAAACUGUGAGUGGUUUAUAUUACCAGUUGUUGUACACAUUUCCCAUCGAACAAGUGUGUUGGAGUGCAAUAGCUGAAAAAUACUACGCGAGGAACAACAGCGCCGACUGUCUGUAUCAACAUCUGUAGCCAUAGCAGCAGCAAACCGAAGCUAAACCUUGGCUUGUAGAUACUGUGAUUGUCAGCGGACUUGAAAUCACAGCGUCACGAUGGGAUCCGGCGGUAGAAUGGACUGCUGCGGGCAGUGUGUCAAGUAUAGCAUGUUCAUCUCCAAUUUCAUAAUUUUCAUCGGCGGUGCCAUCGUGUUCGGCCUCGGUGUCUGGACACUGGUGGAUAAAAACUUCAUCAACGAGCUGCUGGGGACGAAUCUAUUUUCCGGUGCGGUUUACGUGCUCAUAGCGACCUCGGCGCUCGUUUGCCUGCUGUCCUUCUUCGGAUGCAUCGGUGCGGCCAAGGAGUACAAGUGUAUGCUGCUGACGUACUUUAUUUUGAUUUUCCUGAUUUUCGUCACCAUGCUGAUCGGUGGCAUUCUGGGCUACGUGUUCCGCGAGAAGGUUUCCCAAACGAUGCAGCAGGAGAUGAAAUCGUCGAUGAACUUCUACGGUGCGUACGGUAAGCGCUCGAUCACCCAAGCGUGGGACAUCACCCAGGAGCGGCUGAAGUGCUGCGGCGUUAAGCACUACAACGAUUGGCGUGGAUCCAUUCCGCAGUCCUGCUGUCAGAAGACGUUCACCGAUUUCAAACCCUGCCAGGACCAUCCGACGCCGGAGAACAUCCACAUCCAGGGAUGUCUGGAUAUAACGUCCAACUUGAUCCGGGACAACGCGGCCAUCAUCGGUGCUUCCGGAAUUAUAGUGGCCAUUUUGCUGAUAUUUGGGAUGAUCUUCUCCUGCUCGUUAUUCCGAAUGAUAGAAUAGCUGACCCGGUUGUGCCUUAUACGAUUCGCAAUUUUUUUAUUUAGCCUAGCAAGCAGCAAGUGGAGUUUCACGGCAAACCGUGACAGUCAAGUUUUUUUUUUAUUUUAAGAUUUUCAAAUUCAAAUUGCCUACCAGUUGUUCUGAUUACCUGAGAGCAAAAAAAAGUACAACAAUGAUAGGCAAGCUUAAGUUACGUUUGCGGAUUGAUUUACGAAAUGAUUUUAUCUUGUUAGUGGUAGGUUUUAGCUUAUUACAAGUAAAGGCUAUUGGCAGCAGAAUCUCACGGUAUAAUUCAUCAAAACAGGAUGAGAUGUAAAUAUAAAACAGUGCAUGAUGCAUUUAAAACGAUCGACAUCACAAUCAGCUUUCUUCUCAUGCCUUAUUCGCCACCGCUUCGAUUUUAAGUUAUUUCCAUUGUUUCAGUAGUAGCACAGUUUGGAGUACGAUGUGUUAGAAAUCCAAAAAAGUCGAUCAAUCAUAGGACAUUCAUUCCAUACUACUGUCAAAUAGUUGUCUGUCAUACAUGUGUCAUUGUAAAAUCUAACUGAUACAAUAGUUAAUAAAGAUUU